CUGCACUGUCCCUCCCAAUCCGCUAUAGCACACUGCAAGCCGCCAUGUGUCUAAACUCACCACCAAAAACUCAAUUAGAGCUAGAAUUUCGACGUGUCCAAAGCCAGCAUGAAAAUUAAGACGAUCACCCGUGGUACGUCGCUGACGCGUCUCAAUGACCAGGAUCCGGUGAAGCGCAACUUGGAUCCUUCUCUUCAUCCGUUUGAGCGAGGUCGCGAGUAUGUCCGCGCUCUGAAUGCGACAAAAAUGGACAGAAUGUUCGCAGCACCAUUUCUUGGUCAACUGGGACAGGGCCACCAGGACGGUGUUUACGCCUUGGCUCGUGACACUCGGGUUUUGAAUCGUUGCGCUAGUGGAAGUGGUGAUGGUGUUCUUAAACUUUGGAAUAUGGGAGAGAGGAGUGAAUGCUGGUCGGUCAAGGCUCACGACGGUAUCAUUCGUGGACUUGCUUUCACUCUUACGGGAGACUUGUUGUCUUGUGCUUCAGAUCGUACUGCUCACCUCUGGGAUUUGCAAACCUCUGCUGCCAAGUCUUCGUAUAUGGCAGACUCUGCUCUGUUGGACAUCGACACACACAAGAACAAGUCUAUGUUUGCGACGAGUGGUGCAAAUGUCUCGGUUUGGGAUGUGAACCGUGAUUCCCCUGUUACUCGAUUCCAAUGGGGAAUGGACACCAUUCCAGUCGUCAAGUUUAAUCACACUGAAACCUCCGUUCUGGCUUCUGCUGGCAUUGACCGUACCAUCGUCAUAUACGACUUACGGACAUCUUCUCCUCUUACAAAGCUCGUAACUAAUCUGCGGACAAACUCUAUUUCGUGGAACCCCAUGGAGGCCUUUGACUUUGUCACCGCCAGUGAAGAUCACAAUGCAUAUUUGUACGACAUGCGGAACUUGAAACGCGCCUUAAAUGUGUACAAAGAUCAUGUGUCUGCAGUCACGAGUGUUGAUUUCUCUCCCACUGGUCAAGAGUUUGUAACAGGCUCUUACGACAAAUCCAUCCGCAUUUACAACGUGCGUGAGGGUCACAGCCGUGAUGUUUAUCACACAAAACGUAUGCAACGUCUUACCUCAGUUCGCUUUUCGAUGGACGCAGAGUACAUCAUUUCUGCCUCCGACGAUAGCAACGUCCGGUUAUGGCGUGCAAAGGCCUCUUCUCGUGCUGCUGUGCGGUCGACGCGUGAGGAGAAUCGUCUCAAGUACCUCGAUGCACUUCGCGAACGCUACAAGAAUGUUCCCGAGGUUCGUCGCAUCGCCCGUCACCGUCACUUGCCUACUACAGUCAAGAAGGCGGCCGAGACAAAACGCGAGGAGCUUGCUGCUCUCAAGCGUCGCGAGGAAAACCGCCGUCGUCACAGCAAAAAGGGAUCUGUCCCUUACCAAAAAGAGAGAGAGAAGAACAUUGUUGCCUUACAAAAGUAGGCGAAUUGCUUCUUCUAGUCUUAUGUUUCUAUUUUCUUCCUUCACCUUUCUUCUACACACAAUUUUUUUUUACUAAGGUGUAUUUUUGGGUAUAUAAACAUGUUUUUUAGCGGAGGACCGCUAUAUGGGAAUUGAGUAUAGGGAAGUGUAACACUUUGGG